AUGUCCGCGGCCGGACUUGACUCCUCCGGUGUCCAAAUCUUGGCACAGCUGAGGCGUCCAUCCUGGGAUCCAGCCGGCCUCAGCCCGGCUGGCGUUCAUGUCAAGCUGAUUACACUGCCCAAACCAAACAAGUUCAAUGCAAGAUUAAUCAUCUUGACUAUCCACCUGGUACAUACGAUACCCCCCUAUUGUCUUGAGUCACUCCUUAAAGACUGGAGCUGGCUUGAACACCUAGGAAGUGACGUCUCUUGGCCUCACGAUCAGAACUCGAAAUCGGCAAAGCCCUGCAAGACGCUCUCAAGGCUAAAAGACAUCCUGGCUUACUUUGUCGACAUUAGCACCUCCUUUCCGAGUUCCGACUGUCUAUUGGGCCUGCCAUCGAUCAAUCCACUCACCGAGGCAGCCUCGUCUUUUUAA